AUGAGCACAACAGCCGUUUCACGCCAUGGCGUACAGACCCUGGUGGCCUCACGAAGCCGGUUCUGCUGUCGUGGCAUCCGUGCAGUACCGAGACCGACCUUAUGCCGGCUGUUCAGUGUUUCAUCUGCACGACUUGCUAAAGAAAGCUCCAAAACAUCGAAAGUCACAGCUGAAGACAAAGCCAAACUGUGGGAUGAAUACAAACAGAGCUUCCACUUUGCACCCGAAUCGCCUGCAGAUAACCUCCGUGUAGGAGCCACUGUCACGGUGCAUGGUUUUCUUGGGAAGCGUCGUGACAUCUCGACCAAGGCAGCGUUCGUCGACGUCGUUCAUCCAGGCCGACCACGGCCAGUGCAGGUGCGCUCGGCAUGGGAGGUGGAAGGCAGUCCCGAGCACGAGCUGCACCUUCAACUCAAGGCGACCAAUGCGCAUAGUCCCGUGUCUGUUACGGGCCAGGUCGAAGAGGUGUCUAGUGGCGGACAAGCCGAGGCACGAAACGCGCUCGUGCGCCUUGCAGGCAUCCAGGUGCUCAAUGCGUUCCCCCGCGACAUCAUUGUGUCCAAGGGCGUACAGUUCCCGGCCACGGCGCGCCACUUGCAGAUGCGCUUCUCCGAAGCGUUGCAGCGGCGACUGGCGUUCCGCAGCGACGUCGCCGGUUGGUCACGGCGCCAGCUGACAUCUGCCGGCUUCCGUGAAUUUGAGACGCCCGUGCUCUUCAAGUCGACACCGGAAGGUGCACGCGAGUUUAUUGUGCCUACGCGGCGGCGUGGCUUUGCAUAUGCGCUACCACAGAGCCCGCAGCAGUUUAAGCAAAUCUUGAUGGCGUCGGGCGUUGCAGGCGGCUACUUUCAGUUUGCACGGUGCUUCCGGGACGAGGACUUGCGCGCGGACCGCCAGCCCGAGUUUACACAGCUGGACCUGGAGAUGGCGUUUGCGACGGGCGAGGACGUCAUGCAGGCUGUGGAGCGGUACACAAAGGAGCUGUUUGCAUAUUUGGGCGAGACAUACCGCCUCGUGAAGAAUGGUACGGGCGACGGCAACGAAACCAUCCCGGUCCCGGUCAAAGCACUCUCGCGGGGUAGAGGAACGCCGUCAACACGUCCGUAUGCUGUGCUUCCGGAUGAGCCCUUCCUGCGGAUGGCGUACGACGAGGCCAUGGCCAAGUACGGGUCUGACAAGCCCGAUCUGCGGAUCCCAGGCGAGAUCCACCGCCUGGACCACAUCCUCCCUUCGAACUUCACAAGCAUGAUCACAUCACUUGAAGACCCUAUUGUUGACGCUUGGCGGUUGCGGCUGGACGGGAGUCCGUCAGAAAGUCGCAAGUUUGUGCAGCGGCUGUUUGAUGCGCUGCCAACAGCGAUCAGCAAGAACCCUGACGGUAUGCCGGCCGUUAUGGUCUACGACUCGAGCAAGCCCCUGUGCGGUCUCGCACCGCUGGGCCACGAGGCGUUUGACGCACUGACCGACACAGACCUGCACCCGGAACUGGCCAGCCUGUCCGACCUUGAAGACGGCGACGUGCUGCUGCUACAGGCUCGGAAGCGGGCGCCAUUCUUCAGCGGUGGCUCGACGGCACUGGGCCUGCUGCGGCUGGAGGCGUACCGCGCGGCCGUCGAAGAGGAACUGCUGCCGUUUGAUGACACGUUCCGGUUCUUGUGGGUGGUCGGCUUCCCCAUGUUCACGGCGACCGACGCCGACACGACAGACCCGGGCCAGGGCGGGCAUGCUGGGUUCUCGGCGACGCACCACCCGUUCACGGCGCCCCUGACUGAGCGGGACUUUGAGCUGCUGACAACCGAUCCGCUGCGCGCCAAGGCCGACCACUACGAUCUGGUGGUGAACGGUGUUGAGCUGGGCGGUGGCAGCCGGCGCAUCCACGUAGCAGCAGUGCAAGAGGCUGUCAUGCGGGACAUUUUGAAGAUGGAUGACGCAGGCGUGGCGCAAUUCGGGCAUCUGCUGGACGCGCUGCGGGCCGGGUGCCCACCACACGCCGGUUUUGCGCUGGGCUUUGACCGAUUGGUUGCAGUCCUGAGCGGGACCGGAUCUGUUCGUGAUGUGAUUGUCUUCCCCAAGAGCAUGAAGGGCGAGGACCAGUCUGUAAAGAGCCCCGGGCGGAUGACGCCUCAACAGUUGGAGACCUACCACCUUGCUCUUCGGUCGGCCAAGGCCAGCCAGGGCGAUGAAACAAAGACAUAG